GCAGGGUCAUCACAAUGACAUCUACAGAGUGUCCGUGGACGUGGAAUGUGGUGGCGCAGGACGAGCGCUUCGCCCGUGGGUACCACACAUGCACAGCCAUCAGGGGGAAGCUGUAUGUUUCCGGAGGCGUUCGAUCCACAGACCCUAAAGAAGCUCCGCUUGGAGAUGUGGUGGUGUUUGACACGGAGCAGAAGACGGCGCGGGGCAUGGCUCCCGAGAACGCGUUUAAGCGGAGCCAUCACGACGCCGUGGAGUUGGGAAACCGUUGGCUGUGUGUGGUCGGAGGGUGGGAUGGAUCUCGAAGGGUAUCGUCAGUCUUCAGCUAUGACACAGAGAGGGAAGAAUGGGCUCUGUGGGCAGAAGGCCCAACAAACAACCCUCCGGUGGGACUCAGCAGUCACACGUGCACCAAAAUAUCCGACCACGAGCUACGCGUCGUGGGACGAGAGGGCGGGCUGCGGACCCAGAGGCGUUAUGCCAGUGUCUAUACCUUGAGGGUCAACGCCAGCACCAAGACUUACUGGUACAGAGAAGAGGAGUCACGCACGGCUUCACGUUCCGGUCACUCCGCUGUCCUUCUGCCAAGCGACUCCACGUCUACGAAGACAACCGGCUACUCGCUCUACGUUUUUGGCGGACGAGAAUCAUCUUCAGUUGACUUUGCCGGACAAUGGAGCAAAGACAAGAUCCAAGUGAAUACAGUCGGCUGCCCAAAACUUACAGAGCAGCUGUCACGACUUGUCAGCACAGAAGGUGUUACCCGAGACGCCCCAAAAAGCCUUAAGCACCACUCAAGCUCGGUCGUUGGUCCGUUCGUAGUUGUGUUCGGAGGAGAGGCGUUAAGUAAAAGUCGGGACGCUGUCUGUAACGACCUUUAUGUUUUUGACACGCGUUGCUCUCCCCCAAGCUGGUAUCACUUCCCGGGCUCAGAUCGGCGCCUGAAGAGAGUCGGGCACAGAACGUGCCUGAUUAACGACAGACUCUACUUGGUGGGGGGAUUCGGUGCUGAUGGAAAGACCCCCUGUCCAGAGGUCUGUGUCCUGGACUUCGCCCAGUAAGAGACUCACCAUCAUCUCAUGUUCCAAUAGCACCACUUAACCAAGGAAUGCAUCGAGACGCGUUUACAGAGCCACGCAGGGUCUUCAUUUUCUCCGCUAUUCGUCUUUAGCCUAAUUUCCCGCUUUGUACAUUUCACGCACGUACAUAGAGGUUUCCAGCUGCUAAAGAGCUGUGUGGUCUGGUUGGAACCCUAAGAUACUCCCUUCUAGUACAAAAUUUAACGUUCAGUGCGGUCACCAUGGGUCAUGAUGGACCUACAUAUGGCUUACAAUCUUGUAGAGCCCAAGAUAUGAGAUUAAAACUACUUUAAGAUAUAA